GUUGCUUGAACGACGCGACUAUAAUUAACUGGAAGCUAUGCUGUGCGAGGAGUUUGUUACUUGCAAAGCCUGAGAAGUUGGCGGGAUAGGUCGAAGAGAAAGGUGAUUGACAUAAGCCUCAGCAGAAGUUAUGUCGGCCCUGACAACAAUAGUUGCAGAAGUAACAUGUACACGAAGUGCCAGUCAGAAACAACCAGUACUGGAGAAGGAGAGGGAAGUUGUUGCAACAGACCACACCAUCCCUGGCAAACAAGAACCUAUUGACUGGAGAAAGAGAGUCAAAGCUGAAUAUAUGCGCUUAUGUCACAUGAAACGAUUGAAGAGGGCAGAUGAAGUGAAGACAUCAUUUUCUGCAAACAGAAAGCAUAUUUCUGAUGAAAUUGAAAAACAGAAUGUAUGGAUGAAACAACAGCCCUUUCAACCAUUACUUGCACCGGAGACUUUUAGUCAUGUUCCCGUUACAAGAAGGUGUGAAGUAGUCAGCGGUGUCAACUUUCCUCCCCAAACAUGCUCACUGCGGAUGAUGAAAGACCUGAAGCCAAUCCCUUGCAUGUACUGUUGGGCCCCUCUUCAGCAAAAUUUCAUGGUAGAAGAUGAAACUGUGUUGCACAACAUACCUUACAUGGGAGAUGACAUUCUGGAACAAGAUGGAUCCUUUAUUGAGGAACUUCUGAGAAACUAUGAUGGGAAGGUGCAUGGCGACCGGGACAGCAACUUCAUCAGUGAUGCCCUCUUUGUGGAAUUGGUGAAGGCUCUUGCAGUAGCUUACCCGGAUGUAGAUGAAUUGGACAUUAGUUCCAGCCCAUACCACCAAGAUGAGACACUGAAGGAUGUACCACCCACCUCGGGCUCCGCAACAUGCACUGACAUCAGACACCCAGCAGAUGUCAUAUUUGAAGCUAUUUCAAUCACAUUUCCGGAGAAGGGAUCCAAGAACGACCUGAAAGAUAAGUACAAAGAGCUGUGUGAAGCAAGUGACCCGAACAGCCUACCCCCGGAGUGUACACCCAACAUUGAUGGUGUGAAUGCUGAAUCAGUGCCCCGAGAGCAGACAAUGCAUUCAUUUCACACAUUGUUUUGUCGCAGAUGUUUCAAAUAUGAUUGCUUCCUUCAUCCAUAUCAUCCUACUCCAAGUAUGCUGAGUAGAAAAACUGCAGAUCGAAAGCAUGGAAGUGAACCAUGUGGAGGGGAAUGCUUUAUGCACAUUGAUGGAGUGGUACCUCCAAAGGACAAAGAUAAUGCUGCCUCAGACUCUGAAAAGUCCGACAAAUCUGAUAAAAGUGAAGUUUAUGAGACUGGGAGAAAAUCAUCACCUCAACAAUAUAUCAGCCGCAAACGGAAGAUGAAUGGCGGAAUCAGUAGUGGAGAAGACAGUGAGAAGAGUAAUGAUGCAACAGAUAUUGAGAUAAAGUUUCCUUUUCGAGAAGAUGCGAUUACACCCAACUGGAAUGGAGCUGAAGAAUCCCUGUUCAGAGUUCUUAAUGACAUGUACAGGAAUAACUAUUGUGCCAUCUCAAAGCUGAUAGGAACAAAGUCCUGUAAACAGGUAUAUGAGUUUGCUAUCAAAGAAGAAGCUCACAUUCCUGACCUUAAUGAAGAAAGAAUACAAACACCACCAAGGAAAAAGAAGAAGAAGCAGAAGUUGUGGUCAAUGCAUUGUCGGAAGAUCCAGCUGAAGAAGGAUGGAUCACCAAACCCAGUCUACAACUACCAGCCCUGUGAUCACCCCGGACAGCGAUGUGACGAGACAUGUCCAUGUAUUAUGGCACAGAAUUUCUGUGAGAAAUUCUGUCAGUGCAGCAAUGAUUGUCAGAAUCGGUUUCCAGGAUGUCGCUGCAAGGCCCAGUGUAAUACAAAACAGUGUCCUUGCUUCCUGGCAGUGAGGGAGUGUGAUCCUGAUCUCUGUCAAACAUGUGGAGCAGAUCAGUUUGACAGCAACAAGAUCUCCUGCAAGAAUGUCAGUGUACAAAGGGGACAAGGAAAGCACUUGCUGCUAGCUCCUUCAGACGUUGCUGGAUGGGGAAUAUUCCUGAAGGUACCAGCAGAAAAGAAUGAAUUUAUAUCCGAGUACUGUGGAGAGAUAAUAUCACAAGACGAAGCUGACAGAAGAGGGAAGGUGUAUGACAAAUACAUGUGCAGCUUUCUCUUUAACCUCAACAAUGAUUUCGUGGUGGAUGCUACAAGAAAAGGCAACAAGAUAAGAUUUGCCAACCAUUCCAUCAAUCCCAAUUGCUAUGCUAAGGUGAUGAUGGUUAAUGGAGACCAUCGUAUUGGCAUAUUUGCUAAGCGCCCGAUACAGGCUGGUGAAGAACUCUUCUUUGAUUAUAGAUAUGGACCAACUGAACAGCUGAAAUUUGUUGGAAUUGAAAGGGACACAGAAAUUGUUUGAUUCCAGCUGUUCCUAAGAAAGGAAUGAGUGGUGAUAAAUGAAUUGGAGACAUUGAUUUCGAAUUUUAAUUGACUUAGACUCUGUUCUUGUCCCAAUGAAAUAGCUAUGCUGGGAAUUGUCCUUUCUGUUGUUUAAGCCUGUUGUCUUUAAGCUGGCCCUUGAAAUACGAACUGCACUGAAUUAAUCAACCACUGGUGAUUUUUACAAAGGUUCGAUGGUCAAGGUCAGCAGAAAUGUUAAUCAAGUUGAAUUUUUACUUAUCCUGCAUUACUCCUUAAUGCAUUCACUGUUUACCUUACAACAAAAUGACAGUGCUCAGCGAUGGUCUUGGGUGAAAAAAGAUGUUUCUGUUUACAACUCCAACUUUUUGCAUGGACCAUCGCUGCUGUCAAGUGCCCUUGAUGACAAGUCACUUUCCUCACAUCACUGCCUGUCUCGUAACAGCAAAGACGUCUCUUGGCUGAGCUCAUCAAAUUGGAUUUUUUUAGACCCUUAGCUUCGGCUGUUACUCUAAAUUAUAUCUGUGAUGGGUGAUGUAUUCUUUUCAUAUUACCUUCGGGCAGUCGGGUAGCCUCGUGGUUAAAGCGUUUGCUUGACACGCCGAAGACCCGGGUUCGAUUCCUGACAUGGGUACCAUGUGUGAAGCCCAUUUCUGGUGUCCCCCACCGUGAUAUUGCUGGAAUAUUGCUAAAAGCGGCGUAAAGCCAUUCUCACUCACUCAUAUUACCUUCACUAUUUUGUGUAUUAAUAUGGGGGUGAUUUUAGUGUACAAAGACUUUCCCGCCAUUUUGAAUUUGUGUUACAAUUGUUUAUCUGCAGGGGUGGUCAAAUUGUUUGCAAUUCUUAGCUACAUAUAUAUAAUUUUUUUAUGUGUUUUUAAAUACUGGUAGCUUUGGCGUUACAUAGAGUUUGCAUGUAUCAUUUCAUUGUGUACACUUUCAAUUCGUAACAUAUUUUCCCAUAGAUAAUGGUAUAAUUUUAUGGCAAUUUUUCAACUCUCUAUUUGCAUAACAUAUGCUUGCGCUGUGUACUAAAACCUUCCUCAUCCAUGCUGUUAGGCUUGCACACAGAUUUGCUCUCCAAACUUUAGAUGUAAUUUUUGUUCAUCUCUCUCACCAAGCUAUUUAUAGACAGGUUACUCACAAACGAAUUUUGCAGCAGUCCCGUCGUGUUGCGAGGAAGAUUGUCACAGCCUGUCAUAACUACGCAACCAUUAUCUUCAGUUGGUAAUAUGGAUUCGGUAAAAGUGACUGCAGACAUUCAACCUCCUCCAAAUUCAACAUUGUGGGGGACACUGUGAGUUUAGUACCUACCUCUAAUUUUUAGGAGUAAAGGGCUUCCAGUGCUACGGUCCCUGCAACCCCGGCGCCCAUCUCACGUUGCUUCCCAACAAGCCCGUCUACGAUAACAUCAGCCUCAGGGCGACGCAUGAUCAGCUAAGUGCUGUUCCACCUACUUAUUCGGCUGAGCAGCAGUUGUAUGCUCAGCUGUCAGCAUACACUCUUGUCAGUGGCAAAUGUUGCAGGGAUUGCGCACAUCAGUCGCCAAGACCUGUAUACAGCUAUCAAUCUGGCACAUUGACAAGCUAGAGUUUCGAAACGCACAUUCUGACCAUCUCACAUAGGCAGGAGCAGCUACAGUCCACCCAACUCACAAUAUCCACCGACAACAGUACGGUGGUGUGGUGCCUGCGCAAUCAAGAGACAACUCACUCACCUCCUUCUGUAGCAGACAUUCAGGUUCUUUCAUCUAGUGGGGUGAUCAGGUAGCCAAGUGGUUAAAGCGUUAGCUUGUCAUGUCGAAGUCCCGGGUUCGAUUCCCGACAUGGGUACAACGUGUGAAGCCCAUUUCUGGUGUCCCCAGCCAAGAUAUUGUUGGAAUAUUGCUUAAAGCGGCUUAAAACCAUACUCACUCACUCUUUCAUCGAGUGGAUCAUCUGGGACUAAAAUUCAUAGUCCAGCACAUCCCCUGGUGUUGGAACAUCCUGACCAACGACCUAUUCCAGCCAGACAGACACGUGGUUCCCAUGGAGUGGAAACUUCACUACGUGGCGUUCCAACUGGUGAUUGGACAACCAAACAUUGACCUGUUUGAGAUGCACCAAAACCACUAUGAGGUAUGUCUCCCGCUCCCAGAUCUGCUGGUUUGGCCCCCUGGGAAGGGCUAAAAGCGUACAUUUUUUCGCCUCUUGUAUUACUAGUAUGAUACUAAAGUAUGAUACUAAAGUACUGUUGGAAAUGCUAGAAAACUGCUUUUUGCCUGUUAAAAAAGGAUAUAAUUUUUCACAGGCUUUUGUUAUUGAAAUAUCGAGUAACUACCGAUUGCCCUACCUGUGGUUUGAAGUAUUUCAGUCACAAGGAAUCCUAUCAACAAGUUUACAGGAGACAAAAAAAGGAAGUUCACAUUUAUUGAGUCCAAUGAUGACAGUCUGAAACGGACUAAAGAAAUAUGCGCGCGUGACUCCGUUAUAAUGAUAAUAAUGUAGUUUUCAUAAAACAUCUAAUCCACACACAAAAAUCAUUUUGAGAAAAUUCUAGAUGUGCAUCUUCUAAAAUGACAAAAUGAUGCUGCAUUGUUGUUUUUUGUUAACAUUGUUCCCAUGAUGCAUGUUUCAUUACACUUGCAUAGCCAUAACCAUGGUACAUGAUAUGGAGUCUGAACUGGGAAAUGUAUACAAGUUCUUCACACUUUAGAGAGAUAGAGGGAAACCAUGUAUUAAUUUAGAAAUACAGGCCCUACUACGCUCCUUCAGGCUUGACGAUCAGAAUACCCUGCAUGGGAUUGGAAUGCAGUACUUCGAGGUUUGCGCGGGCCUACCUUCAAGCCCCUCAACGCAUCCUCAUUUUAUGACCUCACCAAGGAAACAAUACUUUUCUUGGCAUAAGCCAUUGUGGUGCAGGUGAGCGAUUUACAAUGCAAUUGACAUCACUCGGGUCCGUUUUGAGCAUUGUACGCACGGAGCAGUACAUUUCGGGUUGUGCUGGGAUUUUAUAGCAAAGAUCAACUACUAGGCCAUCCUGAUGGUUCCUUAACUAUCCCACCAAUUUCUACGAUUGUGAUUGAGUUAAAGAUGAGGGUAAUCUCCUCUUGUGCCCGGUGCGCGCCCUUCAAGUUUUCAUCCACCGCUCCAAAACUAGGCGUGAUUCAAGGAAAUGGUUGUUCAUACCUGUAUCCCUUACGUCCACGACCCAGGUUUAGUCGCAGCACCAUAUAUCUAUGGUUAUCCUUCAGGCUUAUGAAAUCGCCUAACUUGAUCCACCGAAUAAUCCUCACCAGAUCAAGGCGUUAGCCUCUACCAUGGCAUUACAUAGUAAUUGUUCCAUUAAAACGAUCAUGGAAGGAUGCUUUUUUAGGUCCAACACAGUUGUCAUUAUCUUCGUGAUGCUGCUCUUGAAGACAUCAAAGGCGUGAACAGUUUUGGCCCUCUGGUAGUAGCCCUGGAGGUAACCAACCCUCCACACAAAUAAUGACCUUGCCCUAUACAGAGCCAGUCUACUUCCCGUCGUAUGAGACACGCCCAGUGGAAGAAAUGAAGACACGUUUUUUUUUGUCCGGCUUUGGCUGGAUGACACAGUAGGUAAAGAUUUUAGCUUUCGCUGUCAUCCUUAUUACCAAGUGUGUACAGAAGUUACCCUUUAUUUCCUAUGUUCUUUCUGUAAAUAAGAUGGAACUAACCCUACUGUUACAGCGUUAUUCUGUACUUUUUCUGCCUCACAGAUUAUUGAUAAACAUGAGUCAUUUUGUUGGGGUGUGAAUCAUUGAGGUUUUGGACAUCUGAAGGUAUACCGUCCGAUACAGAUGCAUUAAGGAGUAAUGCAGGAUAAGUAAAAAAAAUUAGUAAAAUCUCAUUUGUUUUUACAUUUGUAUACUUAUCCUGCAUUAAUAGGUCUAAGGACCCACCUGUCGCAGACUUGCCUCCCCGCUUUGGCUACAGAAACCUCAAAAGAUUGUUUUUAAGCUUGGGCGACAGGCAGUGAUGUGAGGAAGGUAACUUGCCGACAAGGUCACAUGACAGCAGCUAUGGUCCAUGCAAAAAGCAAAAGUUGAAAACAGAAACUUUUUUUUUUCACCCAAGACCAUCGCUGAGAGCUGUCUUUUGUUGUGGUAAGGUAAGCAGUGAAUGCAUUAAGGAGUAUGGUGUCAUAACUAGUAAAGUAAAGUCCUUGGCAUGUACUUUCUCCAAAUAUGUACCUGCUUUGAAAAGGUCAAAGCCACUAUUGAAAAUGUUUUUUUCAGUUUGUUAAGGUACUAGCUUUUUCAUUUACAUUGAAACCUUUUAUCUUGGUUCAAUUCCUUCCACAUCAGAGGUCAGUGGCCAUUUGUCAAAGUCAUGGUAAGAAGUAGUGGUAUAACUGCCAGAUACUUUGGUACAAUUGCUCUAAUGUUAGAGCAAGCUCAGAAUAACAGAAUAAUAAAGUAUGCUACCAACAAAAUAUAAGGUAACUGAUGAAAUCAUAUUUAAGGCGUAAUGAUGAUAAAUGUCUAAAAUUCAUUUCGGGCUGCCCACCAUUCCGCAUGAAGAGCUACCCCAAGCUUGGCCACGUUGGCGGGUGCUGGGUCUCUGGCGUACUCUCUGCCCGAGGAUAUCCUACAGAUGCUCUAUUGGGGACAUGUCAGGGGACUUAGCGGGCCAGUCCAAUGUCCGUGUGCCUUGUCGGAGAUAAUCAGUGACUACAUGGGCAAGAUGUGAUCAGGCAUUGUCAUCUUGCAGUUCGAAGUUCCUACGAAUAAUUCUAGCGAAUGGAACAAUGAUAGGACAUAUUGCUGGCCAGUCAAAAGUCCAUUCACAAUAACCAAAUCAGUUCGCCUGUCAUGUGUAGUAUCACCCGACAAAAGAACACCACCAUCCUCAUACCGAUCAUGGUCAAGAAUUGUUUUCUUGGCAUACCGGUCGCAGCUAUGCCGCCGCACGUCUGACAUCUGUAAACAUGGUGUAACACCAUUGGCUCGCAUUUGUCCCUGGUGUUGCCUAGCCCACCCCUAUUUUUUCCGCCUGUGGUAAGCUGUUAGGGUCACAUGCUUUCAGACGGGCUGCAAAGAGCCGAUUUUUCAUGAUAGAUGUUGAAAUUCGCCUCCCUGUUAUUGUACAGAAUGCUUUAUUGAUUACAGGAGCAGAUUUGAAUCUAUUGCGUAAUGGGUCGAUCUUGACUAACUGUUAUUUUGUUAGGCUUUCAACUCCCAGGCAACAUUCGGCAACUUGGGAUAUCUACACACACAGCUGUCAUACCAACAAUUCGCUUUUGUGUCUGAUCAUAGAGAUACCUUCUCGGAGUCAUUUUUAACAGCAUUAAUGAUUGUGAGUUUGCUUAUUGGUGCACACGCGCUUUGGCUUCUGUGUGCACGUGCAGCACAUGGUGUUCAUGCAUAUGUGAAUUUUGAUUGUGUUUAGAUACUAGUUCCAUUCAGUUCCAAUGCCACGGUAUUGUAAAUGUACACCUCAACAUUACCUACAUUCAUGUCAAUAGUUCACUUAUUUUUUUGUUAGUAAACAUAUGCAGGUAUUCCUUAUAUUUUCACAUCUAUUGCUUGUAGUUGUUAGGUGAUAUAUGAUCUUUUGGAUAUACUUAACAUUAUGUUAAUAAGUUGUCAAAACAGUUGAGGUAGCUGGCCUUCAUAUUUUGAGUAAUAAAUCAGGAAUUGAAAUUACCUCAGAAAAAAGACACAAGCCCAUUUAAUUCACUCACUCAGGGCACGUGGGAUUUUGGUUCCUAGUCCUUAUGAAAUAAGAGGACUUUGUCCCAUAAAUACUUUGAAAUAUUAAGACAGAAUGUAUAGAUCGGGUGAAUUCAGAAAUCACGUACAUUAUUCAUUACGAGAAAGACUAGAGAGGUUGUGUCAAAUGUCUAUACAGAAAUUUGACAGCUAGAAUCAAGAGGAUAAUACAUCAUUUACAGGGAACAUACAGGCACUACGGGCAAGUGCAAUUAUAAUUUUAUUGGCUUGAGGUAAUUUCCACUAGCUUACAUCCCUGAUAAAUUCAAUACUUUUGUGUUGAUAUUGUAGGGGGAACCAAAUAAUACAUCUUUGGCAAUUGUUUAUCACCAUAUGACUGAUCUCAAGUAAUAAUGCUGGAAAAUAUGUUUGCACAUGUUCCCUUUAAUCUUGUCACCCAAAACAGAGUAACUAGGUCCAAGUCAUAGUUUUAAUACCAUGAAAUGUCUAUCCAACAUAAAUACCAGUAAAUGAACUAUAAAAUACUUCCGGAGAUGUUUAUCACAGAUUUGUUUAUUUUUACCUGAAUGGACCUUCAUUGUCAACCAUCGUAAGGACUCAUUUCAUCAUAUUGUAACAUGUCAGUGAACAUAUAAACAUGACUAUGUAAUGUUUACAAUAAAACUGUUGAAAGAUA